CACUUGUGAAUGGCUCGAAAAAAAUAAUUGGGGGAGGGCGUGGAGGGGGGGAAGCGGAAACUUUCCUAUAAAACUCAGCAAAAGUCCCUCCUCUCCACGUCAGGCCAAUGACACUGCUGCCCCCAAACUUUCCGCCAGCAGGAGCUAUAAGAACCUCCAAGUCUUCAACUUUCUCCCAAUCCCAGACACCUCGAAGGGGCUCCAAGGAGGGAUCGGGAGGGAUUUUUUUUUUUGGUCGGCCUUUUUAUUUUUUUCCUCUUGGAUCCUGAUGCCAUCCCCCCUCCCCCCAAAGUGAGGUCCUCCCUCCUUCCUUCCCUCCUCCUUCUCCUCGCAGGCCAGCGAAGCAGCCGAUCAAGGGGGAGCUGGCGGGUUAGGUGCCCCCCUCUUCUCCCUGCCCUCCCCCCCCUCCCGGCCCGCUUCUCGCGUCUCCCCCCAGAGAUGAUGCAGCAGGACGAGUCAAACUCGCCAGUCUCCCCCGCCGACGACAGCUUGAGCAACAGCGAAGAGGAGCCGGACCGGCAGCAGCUGCCCAACAACAAGAGAGGGGGGCGCAAGCGCCGCUCCAGCCGCCGCAGCGCCGGCGGCGCCGUCGGGGCCGCGGACGAGCCCUGCAGCCCGGCCCAAGGCAAGCGGGGCAAGAAGUGCGGGGCGGGCGGGGGCGGCGGGGGCGGCGGCAGCAGCAGCGGCGGCGGCAGCCCCCAGUCCUACGAGGAGCUGCAGACCCAGCGGGUCAUGGCCAACGUGCGGGAGAGGCAGCGCACGCAGUCGCUGAACGAAGCCUUCGCCGCCCUGCGGAAGAUCAUCCCCACGCUGCCCUCGGACAAGCUGAGCAAGAUUCAGACCCUCAAGCUGGCGGCCAGGUACAUCGACUUCCUCUACCAGGUCUUACAGAGCGACGAGCUGGACUCCAAGAUGGCAAGCUGCAGCUAUGUGGCCCACGAGCGGCUCAGCUACGCCUUCUCGGUGUGGAGAAUGGAGGGCGCCUGGUCCAUGUCCGCAUCCCAUUAGCAGGCGGCGUCCCCCACCCGCGUCCCCUCGGCAGGAGCCCUAGAUGACAUUGUUCCCACAGAAGGAGAGAAUGGACAUUCUAGAGACUCUGAAGUUGGAUACGAUUUUUUUUUAUCUUGUCUAACAAAAAAUAUACCAAGGAUUUCUUGGAUAUUAGAAGAGUAAUAUCCAAAUUCAAGGCAGGGCGUGGGGAGCACUUAAGGAAAGAGAAAGAGAGAAGGGCUUUGGACAGUGACUAUCCUCUGGGCGUCGGUACAAUCCACACAUCUCUGCAUUCUGAUAGAAGUCUGAAUCGUUCGAUUUUUUUUUUUUUUUAAUUUUGACGAAGAAUGUUGGAAUUGGACUUUUUAUUAUUUGCCUUUUUUUUUUUUUUUUUUUCUUUUCUGCAUGCAUGCAUUCCCAAGAGGUCGUGCGUAUGAGCCACUGAUGAAAGGAAAUACAUUAUUGUGGACUUUCUUCAUUCUUGAAUGAAACCAAGCAGCCAACCAAAAGUAUCCCCGUAGAGAUGAAAACUUUUUUUUUUUUUUUUUUUUUUUUUUUUUUAGGGGGGAAUAAGCUGGGCUCAAGCUGUUAUAUACCCGGUUUCUAACUUUUUUAUUAUUAUUAUUUUUCCUCUGAGAAAAAAAUAAACAUUUUAUUUAUUUAUUGAUGACCCAUGUUAAAAUGCAAAUAGAUCCGGUGUCUAAAUGCAUUCCUAUUUUUAUGAUUGUUUUGUAAAUAUCAUUGUAUAUUUUUUUUCUGCAAUAAAUAAAUAUGAUUGAAAUUUUAA